GGCGCGCGAUCUCGGAGGCAAAUACCCACGUGCGGGGCUCUCUCGUACAAGCCCCAGUGGUCGCGCGUACUUACACGAGCUCAGUAGCGCGGCUGUUCACCUCAACAUCGACCCUCUGACCACAGGGCGCGGCCAUCAGCUGGGGUGCAUCUGCUAUACACGAAAGCUUAAGAAGCCUCCCCAAAUAACGCCUGUUCUUUGUGCCUUCGCACGGGAGCUUGCUCUGUCCCACCAUCCAUCGGCCAGCAUCCCUCCUCGCAAACCCUCACGAUGGCCCUCAACGCCUUUGUUGUACGGCACCCCUCCGUAUGGUUAGGAGCCGCACCAGUCAUUGGCUUAGCAGCCUUGUCUACGACACCACCCCUUAUCCCUCUGACCGUACUUCUAUCCGUGUUACAUCUACACGUCCAUACUAUCUUACCGAGAGGAUAUCUCAUCUCUCAUGGCGGGACGCAAGUAGUUCUCUUGUCGCUCGCCGCAAGCUUAGCCCAUCUCGGAGCAUCGCUGGACGCGCUGUCCACACGCGCUGUGUCCAUUCUCUUGCUCGCCGCCCUCAGCGCGCUAACGAGCCUCGUCUCGCUGGCGACUAUCGUCCUCUCGUACUACGCAAACAGAGCUGUGAGUACACCGUGGUCGAAGCUCACGCUGUUCCCCGCGGUAUGGGCGACCGUCUGGGGUACCAUCGCAUACAUCAGCCCCGUCGGCCGCCUCAUCACCUGGAGCCCCUCCGUCGGACUGGGCCCGUACGAGUGGAUCCGCCCGAUCCUCGGGCAGUGGGGCAUCGACUGGAUCGUGGCCGCCUGGGCUGUUGUCUGCGCAGAGACCAUCGGCAACUGGUUGGUCGGACCAGCUGGGGAUGAUCUCGACGCAACACCGGAGCAGGAGCAGAUCGUCUCGUUUGCGGCGGACGACGUCCCGGACCUCACUGGCACCUCAGCUGCACCCGCACCGAGGGAGACACCCAUGUCGGCUAGGGCACGGGCGAGGUCCGUGUUGGCCGUGCUGCUGGUUGCGCUCGCGAUGCCGCCGCUGCUCAUGUCACCCCUCCCUGAUACGUCUCUGUCUGCGAACACGACCCCACUCACUGUGGGGUGUGUCCUCCCCUUCCCGCACCGAAACGGCGAAAGCACCCAGGCGCCCACGCUGGACGACUACAUCAAUGAAUUGGACCAGAUCCGUUCAACUGGUGACAUAUUCCUCUGGCCGGAGAGCGCAGUCAGGUUUGAGACGGAGAAAGAUAAGCGAGAGGCUUUCGCCAGGAUCAGGAAGGUCGCUGGAGGUAAGAAGCUCGUCGGCGUGAGCUACGAAGAGUACGUCCUCCCCGACCGAUCCAAGGGCGAACAUGGCCCAGGCAUCAGGCAGAACUCGUUUGCACUGCUGAGGUUCGAGUCGAAGGAGCCAGUGUUAAAUUACACGAAACGCAUGCUCGUGCCUGUCGCAGAAUCGUUCUCCCUGACUCCCUCGUCAGAGCCUCCGAGCAUCUACACGUGGGACAUGCCGGCGCACAGCGACUGGUCAAAGACAGGCUGGGGCCCCGACGGGACACGGCCCAUCUCCGUUACGGCAUCCAUCUGCCUCGACUUCUCGUCCGCCGCAUCCUUCGGCGCGCUCGACACGCGCCCCGCGCUCGUCUUCGCGCCUGCGCGCACCUGGCACGUCGGCGUCGGCGUCGCCAUGUGGGAGCAGGCACGCGCGCGCGCGGAGGAGCUCGGGACGACGGUCCUCUGGUGCGACGGAGGCGAGGGCGGCGUGAGCGGCGUCGCGGGGAGGGGCAUGCAGGAGUACAUGCAGGUCGGCCAGGGAUCGUGGCUCAGGAGAAUUGGUACACCGUAUCCGUACGACGAGCGGCGCACGAUGUUCGCUGCGGGCGGCGCGUACGUCGCUCUCGCGGCCGUGUGGGGUGUUACUGGUAUUGGGGCGGUUUUGGAGGUUGGGUUGGUGGCCUUUGGAGGGAAGGCGGGUGCCUUGAUCAGGCUCAUCAAGAAGAGGCGUGCUCAGCGGGCGGCGGACGAGGCACCUCUCCUCGGAUGAAGAACAGACCCUGACAAGUCCCGCCAUCAUGAUCAGUCAAGUACGCAGGUCUUCGUAUGCUUCGUUUGCUCUCGGAUAGUUUUUCUGCUUUCGUGAUUUGCAUUGCUCAGAUUGAACGCGCGUGUAUAGGGCCCAGGAUGUGCGUGUUCGUGUACUAUACACAAGAGGUUGCAGGUGUGCCUCACCCGGUCUAGACUCGCGUCGCAGACUCGUCGUUGUACUCGCGAAUUGCAUCCUUCUACUUCUGCUACGAAACGCAA